GGUACAGAAGUCAGAGCCAUUCCGCACGUUUGUUUUGGAGACCCAGCGCGCACGCGAUCACAUUUCGGGAACAUGACGACCGAGGCCGGUUUCGCUCGCAGUUCGUAACAGAUUCUCCUUCAGAGGGAAGAUGUGCUUUGUGAACAUUCAGGGAUAUUCAUCAGACCGCCGUAAGGAGAUCUCUGCGAGGGACGAGUAUCAGAAUACGUGACAGUCGAGGCUGCGUGCUGAAGAUGGAGGCUGUGGCAGGUUCUCCGAGAACGGCUAUGCAGCGCUUCGGCCACGGCGGCAUGAUGAUCCUGCCGUGGACCAAGCAGAUCCUGGCGGUGGUGUGGGAGCAUUUCCGCCUGCUGCUGCAGGUCAUCUGCUACAGUCUGAUGGCAGUGUUUCAGAUGUUUAGGUUUGAGGUUCAUGUGAGAAUCACGGAUGAUGCAGGGGAGCACAUUCAGCACAUGAGCAGUUCAUCCAGAGAUGCUCCUGAUGGUUUCCUUCUAUCAUCCUUGUUCGAAAACAACAAAAAUGGGGAUCCUUUCGACUUAGACUCUCACUCUCGCUCUGUCCUGUCCAGCCUGGUGAACGACGAGCUCUGUUGCUCUUUGGUGGACGACUUUGUGUCCCGUGCAACAGAGUGUCUCUCAGACAGCGAGGAGCUUUACAUAGGAGAGCCCUGCAGCUGGAAACACAGCUGGAAUGUCCUUACGGGAUCAGAAGGCGCGUACAAAGAUGACCUCUGCCCCGUUUCUUUUACUGCUUGUGUGUCGAGUCUUUAUCAGAAGGACUUUCAAAAGCAGGAUGAUCUUUUGGCAGGACUAGAGCAAAGUUUAUCAAGUUCUUCUGCAGACAGCAGCCAUGGGCCUUGUCGGCAAGAGUCGGGAGGCCAGAGUUCAGACAGUGAGGUCAGCUGGGGUGGCUCCGACAGCUCCUCGGUAGAGGUGGACAAAGAGGACAGCGACAGACUUUGGGAUCUUCUUGCCAAGUCCACUGAUCCAUACCAUCCUCUGCACUUCACAGCAUGUGUGUCCAGUGCAGUUAUUGACCAACAGAGAACACAAGAAAUUUCCAGCCCAGGACAAGAAAAGCAUAUAUCUUCAGCGUGCCAGUCCAGCACGUCUUUGAGCUCAGACACUAGCGAGCAAGGAAGCACUGGAACUGUCUCAUCAGAAGACGAAGAGGAUUCCUUGUGGAAGUCUCUGUCUCUGAACGAUGACCCAUAUCACCCUUUGAAUUUCAGAGCUCCUCUUCACAGCCGGGCAGCCUGCAGAACACACGAGCGUAAUGGAAACCUGGACCAUGCUGUAGGUACAACUGACAACUAUAAGCAAAGCCUUAAAAUAUCCAGAGACUCAGCAGAUACUACAUGCAAAAAGCCAGUUUUGCCACCAAGGCGAGUGGUCAGUCACAAGUGCCCUCAGCUGUCUGUGGAGAAACCUUCUAAAGUGCCCUGGAAAAGGCUUUUAAAGAAGACAGCUGAGAGUAGCAUGAAGAAGGAGAUUCCUAUGGUGAAAAGGGUUAAAUUCUCUCCAGUUGUGCAAGUUCACAAGAUGCGAGCCUGGUCCUUUGCCCUUCAGGCAUCUCGUAAGGGGCCAUGGGAGGAGCACGCCCGAGAUAGGGAUCGAUUCCAGAGGAGAAUUUUGGAAACUGAGCAGGCCAUUGGAUACUGUUUUAACCUGUCACACAGGGAAAAGCUUGCAGCCUAUCAGCAAAACACACUGACCAAAUAAGCACUCAUAGAAUUGCUUAUAUCCAGACAAACUUUAAACUGAUUGAAAUGCUGGUCUUUGUGCUUUUAUAGGCCAGCCAGUACUCUUCUUCCAACUUAACAGCCAUACCUCAUUUGUGUGUUCAAAACACAUUUUCCAACCUCAUAUGUCAUGAGAAUGUUCUUUGGGUUUUGUUUUUUUUGUUUGUUUUUUUUUUUCUGUGCCUUACUGACCAUCAAUGGAAAUGACACUAAGUGGACAGCAGAUGAUAGAUGAUAUUUAUAGUAGACUUUGUUGUUUUUAAGUUAUGAGGAAUAAGAUAUGGAGGGUUAUCUUUGGGAAAUGGGAAGAAGAAAUGGUAACAUUUGUGUUUGUGGAGAAAAAAAUGUAAAAUAAAGUAGUUUGUGCAAAACACGCACUCAUUUGCAACCCAUUUCUACAUUCCGUAUUUUCUGUGUUUGGUCACUUUCAGAAGCAGUGCUUGUUGUCUUGCACAUAUUCACGUGUUUCUCAGUUUUGCAUCGAGGAAUGAUUUCUCCUUCAAAAUGACUUGGUGUAAGAGAGAGGGUUAAAAACAAGGCAUGAUGAAACUCUCUCCCUUGAGGAGAAAUCAAUUAGCAUCUCCCCUAGACACAUCACUGGUAGCACAAACUGUAUGGUGUAAAGAGGAGCAACGAUGUACGCAAUCUUUACAGCUGAUUGUGACACCAGAUUUGCAGUUUGACUAAGCCAGUGACCCUUUGUGGAAGAGCUAUAUACAAGUUCUCAGAAAGUUCUUCAACAAACAGGCUUAAGGCAAGAGAGGUGAACCAGUCUGUCCACUGGCUUUGUUUACACAACUGUAACAUAAUCUGUUGUUGUUGAUUGACAGAGCACCAUAUGGAUAGAUCAUUGUGUGUGUGUGUGUGUGUGUGUGUCUGUGUGUGUGUGUGGGUGAAUGCUAUAGUGUCUUUCCAUCUCCUAGGGCAGCCAGGGCUCUGGUGCACCUGGUAGCCAG